AAUAAAACGCAGUCUAAAAAGUCUGAGAAGCAAACAAAAAACAAAAACAAAACCAGCAUACUUGUCAUAGAGUCCCACAAUGUCUAUUGCACAGCUGCUCGAUGCUGCGGAAAACGGCGAUAUCGACCGCGUUGUGCGCCUGAUUGACGAGGAAGGCAUUGACGUGAACGGCCAGGACGAAUAUAUGGAGUGGACGCCGCUCAUCCUCGCUUGCAACUAUGGCCAUCUGGACGUCGUCGAGCUCCUCCUCGCCAAGGGCGCCGACCUGUACAAGUCCAACUAUAAACGAGCAACACCGUUCCACCGCGCUUGCCGAGGGCAGCACGCCCAUGUUGUCGAGUACUUGCUGUCAAUUGGCGUCGACUUUAACAGACCCGAUUACCAAGAAUCGCCGCCAAUCAUUUACGCUUCGUCGCCUCACAAUGACAACACCGAGGUCGUCGCCCUUCUUGUGGCAGCGGGUGCAGAUGUGAUGGCUCGCAACCAGUUUGGGCGCUUCCCGCUCCUCUACGUCAGCUCGCGCGGUCAUCCGGACUCGAUCACCGUGCUGCUCGACGCUAACGCAGACAUUAAUGGCACUGACAACUGGGGCUGGACGCCGCUGCAUGAGGCGUGCCGGUGGAAUCGCGUGGGAUGUGUGCAGGUUUUGCUCGAUCGCGGAGCAGAUGUGACCAUGCUGACGUGGGAUAAUGGCGACACGGCGCUCGAGCUUGCUCGGCGGCACGGGCAUGAAAGCGUCAUUGAAGAGUUUCGUCAGCGUGGAUCGCUUCUCCAGACUGCUGAGGCCGCCCAGGUCUCUGAUGCGGCCCAAGAACGUCGCGCGCAGAUUCAACGAGCACGCGACGAGGCGUCUGCGUCGGCCACGACUGGCGUCAACACGAGCGAGCGCGCGCAACUAGAUUAGCCUGCUUUAUUAACCGUCUUUUUCUUUGCUUUGUGUGCUUGUUUGAUCGUUGGAAGUGUGAUUCGAGUCGUUUACUUUGUAAUACACUCGGCGGACUCACUGUCGUGAUUGGUUUUGAAGCGCCAAACUGUGAUUUGGAUUACGAGCUGGG